UUCCAUUGAAUCUACAACUUUUUAAAAAAAAAUCUUUGAGAACGAGUCUUUACAUCUCGUGUCACGAUUGAAGCCAACAUGGGAAACGCCCAGAAAAUGGAAGGUGGUCCCGAGGUCUCCACCUUGGACGCACGAUUGACGGAAUUUAUUGAUGCCCUUGAGGCAGAUUCCCGAAUCCGGUCCAACCGAACACUCUUCUUUAUGUGGGAUUUCUGCCAGCGAACCCGCUCGUGGCUGCGAAAUCUAGACGUCUCCAAGCUCGAAGCGAAUGAUGAGAAGGCUGUCGAGACCUACAAUGAUUGUAUCUCACGUUGCAUCAUGACAAAAAUAAUGAUUCACGACACUUCGGGAAAGACGGCUCUGAUGACCCUCUCAGACCCCAAGAAUCCGACUGAUUUUGGAACGUUGCUGAAGGAGAAAGCAGACAGAUUACUAGAGGCUUCUUAGGACAUGGAAAGAGAAAGGCUUUCGAGAAGAUACCUUACUUGGGAAAUCAACGUCAAUAUUCAUCUUCCAUGUUACGGAGUAACGUUCAUCGUCAUUCUUUAGGAAUAUCCAUAGCGGUCUCAAAACAUAGCUACUACAGUUUUUGCACAGCUCGAAAAAAAAAAAAAAAAAGCUUCAUUAGGACCAUAUCUUCGUUAAUACAAUAUGAACGCCCAAGUCGAGU